UAGAUCCUGGGGAAUAGGAGACAAACCAGCACAAGUACUAAAGUGUGAAGAUUCAACAAGUACAUAAGGGUAAGGUUAAAGACUCAGCAACAGUACUCUAACCUGAUUCAGCAAAGUUCCUGUACUCUCUCGUCUCCUUCAGUCCACAGGAGCAGGCAGGAUGUCUAUAACCAUGGCUAAGGCUGAUGGGGUCACUGUGUUCACUGUGACCUCGGACCCCCAAAGUGUCUAUCCUCCACUGUGCCAAAUCAUCAAAGGCCUCUGCUACAACCCUGAGUGCUGCUCUGUGUCUCAGCGCCUGAGGAAAGUUCAGAGAUCUUCUCAGUCAGUACUCGGGGCUCUGCACAUCAUGGUUGGGUUGUUCAACAUCGGCCUUGGAGUGAUCCUCUUUUGCAGCCACGGUGGCGCCUCGUAUCAAAUGUUUUCAACUGGGUUUCCUUUUUGGAUCGGAGCAUUGUGUAUGUUGUUUGGCAUCAUCGGCAUUGUGUCUGAGAAGUACCCCAGUCCAUGUCUGGUCAUCAUCAAUGUGAUCCUGAAUCUGACAGGAGUUGCUUUUGCCAUUGCAUCUAUCGUACUCUACAGCAACAAUAUAACAAAUAUCGGUAUGUGGUGGUUGCGUGAACUCAACAUCUACCAUAUGGACUAUUUGUUUGACGCACAGAUUACAGAUCUUUCUCCUGUGGAAAGGCAGAUGAGGAAGGACUGCUUGGAAGCCAAAGAGCUGGCUCUAAUGCUCCUGAGAAGCAUCAACGCGGUGCUGAUCGUCCUGUCAGCUCUGGAGCUCUGCCUCGUCAUCAGCUCUGCCGUCAUGGGCAUCAAGGCUCUGAGCAGCAGCGAGAAGGAAGAAGACAAGAUGAUCGCUGACCCAGAAAACUACAAACCACUGCUGGUUGAAGUCACCAGUACACCUGUAGCCUAAAUAAAAAUCUCAGUUAGUAGGUACUAUGAUAUAUGUAAUCUCAAUGAUUUACACAUAUUCAGCUGGUACAGUCUCUGUCCAACUUUGGGGUCAUUUUCUACAAGGGUUGCUGAAAAUAAUUGCUCUUCUAUAUUAGAAUAUUUUUUAUAAUAAUCUGCAUUUGUUUAUGCUGCUGUCAGUUUCACUCUGUUGAUGUUUUUUUAAGCUCUUCCCAUUGAUUGUGAUUUAUUAUCAAAUAUUAUGCCUUAUGGUCAGUAUGUUUGUAGGUAAAAGGGAGGUUCGUGCAUGUGUGUGAGGACACACAUUGAUGGACUGAUGGGGUUUUUGUUUACUCUCCUCCUGAGACCCCAGCUUUUGUUUGGUAUGCACUUUAGAUGUCUUUUGUAACUCUAUGGAUUAGGAGUCACUGUUCAAAACUGUUCAUUUCAAUACCUGAACAUGGCUGUGCAAACAUUGCAAAUAAUGCAACAUUUCUAAAAGGCUUGUGAUUUGUUAAUUUUGUAGCUCUGUUUGAAUUUUCCAUGCCAAAUGUGUUGGA